GUAAAAUCCGCGGACACGUUCGAUUCCACACGCAGUCAAAACAAAACUACGCGUCCGAUUCGGCAGAAAUUUCUACAGUAGCCGUCAACCAGAAUGUUCUACACGAGAGUAAAUUUCUCUAGCGAUAGUGACGCCAUCGGGCGUUGAGGCUAAGUACUUAUCGGACCUCCCCUCGUAGAUUUCAUUUAAGUGUCUAUCGCAUCGCACCGGGAACCAACGGGCGACUUCAGCGGCAACGAAACAUCGAAGAAGUACAUCAUCAACGGAAUCAACGGAGAGACAUCAGAAGCAUUGUCCGCCUAUUUGAGCACAGGUCAACCACACUCCGGAUCAUCGCUGGACCACCAAAGCGCCCAGGAUUACAUAACUCCUCAUCCCUCUCCCAAUCAGCGAUUUGCAACAACGUGCCGUGGCCAACAUCCACACAGCUAAGCGGACGAAGAACUACGUUGCAGCGCACACACACACACACAUACACACUGCAUACUCUUUAUUUAUCUCUGUCGCCUUAUUCGCAUACCACUGAAAAUAAAUCUGUGCAUGCAUAAGCUUUACCGUUGCUCAGGGAGCUUUUGCUGAAAUUUGUGUAUACGCAUUUGUCAAUUUCUAACGCCGAGCUGAACUUUAGGUUUUGAUUCCCUCUACUCAACUCAAAGGAAACAGCUUAAUCUCUGGACUGCAUUGUACAAAUUCUCGAGUCAUACUUUCAACAGCAAUCUCAGUUGCAAAGCAGAAUCGUAGAGUUAGAUUUCGACGAUGACGGACGCGACGUAGGCGAAAUGUUAUUUGUAGAAACAAAAAGCAAAUUAAAAUCACCUAUCAACAAACUACGGCGCUCUAGCUUCUACUACUCUAGUUUUCUCAACACAACUACAAGCACGCACCACUCCCGACUGCCGAGUUUAAAGUUGCCACACUUCGACGGUACCUACAGCAAUUAUAAACGAUUCGAGGGCGCAUUCAUAAAUCUUGUACACAGUGAUCCAUUUAUUCCUGAGAUCGACAAAUUCAAUUAUUUGUUAAAUUGUUUGUCAGGACCAGCACUUAAAGUAGUAAGGGCGUAUCAAGUAUCAGACGAUAAUUACUCCAAGGCAUUUGAUCGACUUAAGGAGCUUUAAUAGCGUACUUAUCUUUCUAGACUCCAUUACCAAUCUGUUUAACCAACCAGCGAUCGUCAAGGCAGAUGCGGAAGAACUUCAGUGUCUAAUCGAUACAUCGUCAGCUAUUUGAGGGUCUCUCUUAUAUUUGGGCAGUGCGAAUGAUAUUAUGAAUGCGAUUAUGAUCACCCUGGUUCUCUCAAAGGUCGCCGUCAAAGUCAUUUGUUACUACCCAGGCCAGCUGCGUUUACUGCAACUCAGCUAACCAUACAUAUCUCUCUGCAAGUCCUUUGCUAAAUUAAACUUAGCUUUACGGAAGGAACACGUAAAAAGGCAUCCCUCUUCUUCAACUGUUCACGAAAAUCUCACACCGUAGACGAGUGCCCGUCGAAUUCAAGGUGCAGGGUCUGCCCAACGGCACAUCACACUCUUCUACAUGAAUUCUCAACCAAACAAGAUCAUACCGCAUCUAUCAGAGGUAUUUCAACGGUUUCGCAUCAUAGUCAGGCAGCAGCUCUUCAGCCAGGAGCCCCACAGGUUUCUCUUCUAGCACGUACCGCAAGAAAGAGUCUCAUACCAACAGCGGUAGUCCAAAUCAAGGAUGGAACCGGUCAGUUUCAGUUAGUAUGAGCGUUGUUAGACUCAGGGUCGGAGUUAAACUUGAUCACGGAGGAGACUGCCAAACGUCUGAAGUUAUCAAAAUGCCGCGUCAGUCAAGCUAUCAGUGGUAUUUCGGACACCUCGUGGCAAAUCAAUUACAACGUACACACCACCCACAAAUCAUGAGUUUCGGACUUUAAAAGGACAUCGAAUUUCUCAGUGAUCGCAUCCAUUUGUGCACAGCAACCUAGUAGCGGCCUUGAUGUCACCGAAUGGAACUUGCCAGAGGGGAUCGUCCUAGUUGAUCCAACUUUCUAUCUACCCAGAAAGAUAGACAUUCUGAUCGGAAUUGAAGGAUUCUACGAAGACAUCCGAGUUGGAAAGUGCACGAUGGGUACAAAUAUGCCCACGCUCAUCAAUAUGAGCUUUGGUUGGGUUAUUGGUGGAAGUUUAAUGUUACCUACUACCUACCUACAUCUCUAGAUGAAAUUGUUUCACAUUUUUGGAAGGUAGAGGAUUAUCAAACGCCACGACAAACGUCUACCGAAGAAGAAAGGGUCUGUGAACAGCAUUACGAAACCACCGUUGCCAUUGGUUCUGACAAUCGCAUUACAGUUCGACUUCCAUUUAAGGAAUCACCGCAAGCAUUAGGUCAAUCGUACGACACUGCCGCCAAAGGUUUCUUCCUACUUGAACGUAGAUUAAACAAAGAUGCCUCCUUAAAAGAAUCUCAUGUUCAAUUUAUACGUAAAUACAUUACCACAGGGCACAUGUCACUCAUGAAAAGCAUUGAUAAAGGGAAAGCUCCAUUGCUUUAUUCCCCACCACUGUGUGCCGUAGCAGAGCUUGACCACAAAACUACGAGUAGUGUUUGAUACCAGCGCGAAAACGUUGAACUCAAUACUUACAAUACAAUACCAUCCAACAAGACUUAAUUACGACACUUCUUUCAUUUCGCCUCCAUCGUUACGCCUUAUCAGGUGACAUCUCAAAGAUGUACCGUCAAUUUUUAGUCGACGAGCGGGACAGAAAUUUCAGCAUAUUCUCUGGAGAGAGAACGAUACUGACAUUCUACAGGUAUAUCAGCUGAAUACGGUAACCUACGUUGUCUCAGCAUCUCCUUUUCUCGCUAUUGGUAUUUUGCUUCAUAUAGUCAAUUUGAACGAGCUAGAUUAUCCUCUCGCAGCCACAGUAAUACGAACCGAUCUAUAUGUAGAUUUUUUAACAGAAGCAGAUGAUCUGCACACCGCACUACAAAAGAAAUAGGAAGUCUCAAACCUACUAGGUAAGGCCGGAUUGACGAUGACCAAAUUCAAUAGCAGUUCAUCAAUAUUGGGCAAUUCAUCAGACGGCAAGGUUUCAAUGCAGCUGGAAGAAUUAAAAUCAACGAAAAUGCUUGGAUUAGCAUGGCAACCAUCUGACGAUGUAUUCAUUUUCCAAUUCAAAUUCGACUUCUGAGACUUCUACUAGACGGACGGUCUUUUCUGAAGUAUUUCGGAUAUUCGACUCGCUUGGACUUACCGCCCCCAUCAUCAUGAAUUGCAAAAUGUUUAUUCAUGAUCUAGUUAUGCGGAAGCUUUCGUGGGAUGAACUGAUUCCCAACGAUCUUGGUAUCGUAUGGGGCAACUUGAAAAACAGUGAACAGAGAACGGAAAAACUGCCACGUUUUGUAUCAACCUUACACAAAUACCAGAGUGGGCUUCACGGGCUUGCAGAUGCCUGCAAACGUGGAUACGGAUGUUGUCCUUACGUUCGCAGUGUAAUCAAUGGCGUCGAAACGACCAGCUUACUAGUUGCAAAGUCAAGACUCGUUCCGAUUCAACCCUUGUCGAUCCCAAAGCUGGAACUCUGGGCAGCGGCACUGCUUAACAGAACGUACCAACUUAAACACAAGCUCAAGCCUUACAUCUCAAAGGUAUAUUUUUGGACCGACGCAAAGACCGUUCCACAGUGGCUUGGAAUGCAUUCAUCUCAAUUGCCAACUUUCGAGUCUGACAGGAUCUCUGAGCUGCAGUCAUACACACACGACGUCGAAUGGCGCUACGUAUCAACAAGCAAAAAUCCCGCAGACACCAUAUCCCGAGGAUGCUCAGUAAAGGACCUUCAGCACAAAAUGUGGUUCACGGGACCCGACUUCCUGAAAGGGUCGGAAAGCGAAUGGCCAUGCCUGCCUAAUCCAUUGAAUCCACCCCUUUAUGAUAAUCCUUCGAGUAAUAUUGUGAUACCUAGCGUUAUAGAUGAUCUUAUCAACCGAUUAUCAUCAUACUUUCGUACUUUGCGUACCCUUUCCUUUGUUUAUCGAGUGUUUAACAGGAUCCCUGCAGCUAGAAAUUCAACUGUUCGAGAGGUAGUUCACGUGUCGGCGAACGAGCUAAAUCAUAAUCAGCAACAUCGCUUUACCAGGUUGUACGCCGAAUUCAUCCAUCGUUCCACAUUACACGCAGGAGCGAGGGUUUUGCUUUCGUUACUUCGCGAGGAGGUUUGGAAUGCACUCACUGCUUCCACUACAAGCCUCGUCUCAUGUCACACAUCAUGGGAAAUCUCCCUUCGAAUCGACUGUACGGCGAGCGCCCAUAUCUGGUGUCAGGAGAUGAGUUCUGCGGGCCCUUCCUGACCUCGUACAAAAUUCGAUGCAAGCCACCCUAUAAAACUUACGCUUCAAUCUUUGUUUGCUUUGCGACGAAAGCUACCCACAUCGAUCCAGUUUCUGAGCUUAGAACUAAUUCUUUCUUGUCCUGCAUUCGAAGGUUCAUUGCCCGGCGUUGAUAGCAGCAACACAUCUACUGUGACAAUGCAAAAAACUUCGUUGGAGCUACCAACAAAAUUAAAGAGUUCCUAACUGCGUUACUGGAGCCCGAAGGCAUCAACCUCCUGGAGUCGCUGCAACGCAAAACUGCAGCCGUGCGUGUUCUGCAGAGAGCUUCAAGGUAAUAGAAAAACCCGAAAAGUCGAAAGAUGCUAAAAAUCGCAGGCGUCCAAAAACUGAGUUCGCCGAGUCGAAAAUAUCUGAUAUCGAUAAGUCCCCUGCAAAUGCUUUACGGAACACUGCCCAAAAAAGAACGCCUAAGUUAUUUUGAAGCAGAUGCUAAAGAAGUGGUUGGUCUUUUAAUGGAUGCAAACUUAACCAAAAAUCAAUAUUCACUGAUUCGACGUUAUGUCAAUUCGAAGCUUCCGCACAACUUGUUAGCAAGCUAUGAUAAUGUUUUACAUGCUAAGAAAUUUAGCCAUCCAAGUAACGUUAAAGUAAUGGAAUCGGAUGCUCAAGCUAAAUUAUAAAACCCACUUGAUCAUACAGCAUCACGUUUAUUAAAUCUUCAAACGGAUGUUGUCAAUGAAAUCAAAAGCGUUUCAGUGAAGACACUCACCUUGAUUGAAAAAUGGGGUUUUGGAUGGUAGCACAGGUCAUAGCGAAUACAAGCAGGUUUUUCAAUAAAAAUUCGGAGACAAUUUAAUAUUUGUCACUUCUUAAAUGCUUCUCCAACUGGUGACAUAGUCGCCAAACCCAAUAAUUAUAUGGAAGAAACCAUCAUGAAAGGCCAUCAUCGACUCAGUUUUGUAGACCAAUAAGGUUUCAAUUAAAAAAGUAAUCUACUCAAUUGGUGAUGAUAAUGAGGAGAAUUAUAAAAAGCGCAAAUAGAGAAAUUAGUUAACACAACUUUUGAAGGAAAUUAUCCAAUUAUCUCCAACUCACAAUGGUGGACGUUAAAGUUUGCAAUGUAUUGAGUGGAACGUCUUCAACAAAAUGUUAUAUAUGCGAAGUCAAGCCAAUUGAAAUGAACAAUAUAGAAAACUGUUAGAGCAAAAAAGUUCACAAAAAACGGUUUGUCACCUCUACACGCUUACAUACGAUUUUUUGAAUAUUUUCUCCAUGUAUCAUAUCGUUUAGACGUAAUAUCGUGGCAAGUCAGAUCUGCGAUUGAUACAGACAAUCUGCAGAUACAAAAACGCAGGAUCCAAAUGGGGCUAAUAGUUGACAGACCAACGUUUUGUGGUAGUGGCUAAUAAAACGAUGGAAACACGGUUAUGUUAUUUGAUCAACAAAUGUUUUUAAAACAAUUAUUUUCACGAUUUUAUUUAUUACUUAUCAUUUAAAUACAAAUAAAUUAAAAACAAUGCACUUAAAAAUUGCUUUUACUUUUAAUUGAAUAAUUUAAUUUACAUAAAUAGCUGUGGAAAGGCGUAGGGGCUUAUGACCAUGCCCAUUUUUUGAAAAUAGUAUUCUGGUAAUUUUAUAAGCAUACGGUUAAAAUUAUAGACCUGUAAGUCAAGCGCAACUAUUUUUGUCGCAUACUUCCAUACAAGUCCGACCACUGUGCAGCGUCGGCCAGAAAGCUGAUCUAAAUUGCAUUUGCGUUAAUUUCAACAAAUAGUAUUAUUAAAAGGUCACCGUCACCAACAGCUCGAUACCGGAAGCGUUGUCAAUUUUGCAACGCCGUUAAAGUUACAAAUCCAAUUGUAAGUACGAGGACCAAUAUUGGCUUUAACAAAAUACAACAAGUGGAUCCGGCUAUACAGACUGACAUGGAUCGUUAUGUUAAAAUCAAGCGAAAUAAACCGAAGCUAAACUGCCCCAUUAAGAGCCGUGAACAACUAGGGACAUCUUAUAACAACAGAUUCGCCCUAUGCUUCCGUGCUUCUUAAAAACCGGAUUGAUUCGCAUGUGUUCCAUAAAUAUAGCUAUCGGACUCACCAUCCGAUUUUUGAAUACUUUUGAAAAAUAGGGCAAACGGAUAGAUAGGCCCUGCAAUCGUUAUUUUUUAGAAAUUGGUAAGAUUUUCGUCGUUUUCCAUUGUGUUGGAAAUGUUGAUGUCAUUAAAGAGCUAUUGGUAAUGUGAGUUAUAAUGAUUAUUAAACGAGGUAGAAGAAUUUUGACGAAUUUAGGGUCAAUUUCAUUUAUACCAACGGUAUUGAUUUUUAAGCCAAUUGGAGCAAUU